GAAAAGCAUACCGAGGAUAUUCGCUCGCCUUCUUGGAUACAUACGUUCAGGUUACUGUCACGCUUGCUCAGGCAAAAAACCAAGCAUUUGGUGGGAAACUCCAUUUCUAUAUGCUUCCCCGUUUCUCCAACCUCCUCCGUCACCCUCCUAUCGACUCCGCCCAUGUCAUGGCACGUGCCAUUACUAUUACAUGCUCCACUCAACCUCAUCUCUCUUCCACUCCCACCCCUAUUCGUUCCUCUUCCCAUUUCGGUUUCACUCAUCUUUCGAACCCUCUUAAUGUUUCUUUGCUUUCAAACUCUUCGCUUUUGGGUCGUAGCUUUCACGCCCUCGCUCCGUUCCCAAACGACGGGAAUAAUAACCGUUUCGGGGCAUUGGUGGGAGUCCGUGCCGGACAGAGGGAGUAUCGGAAGGUGAGGAGGCGUGCACCCAAGAGCAAAGAGAAGGAGUUGGAACUCUGCGUCGAAAUUUGCAUCGAAGAAGAUUUGCCUGAUGAUCCUGAAAUUUUGAGCAUUGCCGAGAUGCUUCGUCUGAAUGUUCCAAUGGCAAUGAAACUGGCAUUUGACGGUUUGAAAGAUUCCGGGUAUAAAACAAGAGAUCCUGCUAUAAAUGAUGUUGGCGGGUUCGAAAGUGUUGAGAUAUCGGUGCUUCUUUCCAAUGAUGAGUUUAUCCGAAAACUUAAUAAGGAAUGGAGAAAUGAGGAUCACGCUACUGAUGUUCUUUCAAUGUCAUCACAUGAACCUGGACUCAAGCUUCCUAUUCUUAUGAUGGGUGAUAUUGUAAUUUCUGUUGAGACAGCGGCGAGACAAGCAGAGGAAAGAGGGUAUACACUUCUUGAUGAGAUACGUGUCCUCAUGGUUCAUGGCUUGUUACAUCUUUUGGGAUUUGAUCAUGAAAUAAGCGAAGAGGCUGAAGUGGAAAUGGAGAGAGAGGAGGAACUCCUUUUGAAGAGUCUUGGUUGGAAAGGAAAAGGGCUAAUAAAGAGUGCAUAUGAUGCUGACACAGAUUCAAAUUCAAAUUCUCAGCAAGACAGUUCAGAUGGUAAUUACAGGAAGAAAGAAGGCAGUCUUAGAUUUUACAAACCAAAGUUCAGCUAUAUCUUCUGUGACAUGGAUGGAACAUUGCUGAACAGCAAAAGUCAAAUUUCCACUACAACUGCCAAGGCUGUGAGAGAGGCCUCAUCAAGGGGUGUGAAAAUUGUGAUAGCUACUGGAAAAGCUCGUCCAGCUGUGAUAGAUAUUUUUAAAAUGGUGGAUUUAGCUGGAAAAGAUGGCAUUGUUUCAGAAUUUUCUCCUGGGGUUUUCUUGCAGGGAUUGCUUGUUUAUGGUAGACAAGGUCGGGAAAUAUUUAGAAGCAACUUAGAUCCAAACGUCUGUAGAGAGGCAUGUCUUUACUCCUUGGAGAGUAAGGUUCCACUUAUUGCAUUUAGUGAAGGCCGCUGCUUAACCCUUUUUCAUGACCCACUGGUUGAUUCACUGCACACAGUAUACCAUGAACCGAAGGCUGAGAUCAUGCCUUCUGUUGAACAUCUUCUGGCUUCUGCUGACAUACAGAAAAUGAUUUUCUUAGACACUGCCCAGAGUGUGGCUAAUACUUUACGGCCAUACUGGUCAGAUGCAACAAAAGGUCGUGCCACUGUUGUUCAAGCUGUGCCAAACAUGCUGGAAAUUGUACCGUUGGGAACAUCCAAAGGCAAUGGAGUAAAAGUGCUACUAGAUCAUUUGGGGGUUACUGCUAAGGAGAUAAUGGCUAUUGGUGAUGGGGAAAAUGAUGUCGAGAUGCUAGAGCUGGCUGCUCUAGGCAUUGCGCUUAGUAAUGGAUCAGAGAAGACCAAAGCUGUGGCUAACGUAAUUGGUUCCAGCAAUGAUGAAGAUGGUGUAGCAGAUGCCAUCUAUCGGUAUGCAUUUUGAGCAACUGAAGGCUACAAUAAGCAUUUCAUAGUAAUUCUAUAGGGGUUUAAGCUAUUACCCCUGAUUAAUUUUUUUGUUUUUUAUUUUCCUUAAAAAAAAAUAUUAAAGUUGAAGAAAGUAUCUCAUAUCAUUUAUCUCAAUCAUUAGAAGAAUUUGUAACUAGUCUUUUUAUUAAGGUUGCAUAGGGCUUAUGUCUAAAGGCAUGUAAGCUUUGCUUCCUUUUUUACAGUAUGAAUUAUGAAGAAAGGAAUAUCAAGCUGUUACUGUGAACAAUUUGAUGAAUUUUGU